AAUAAUAUUCAGCGCAUAGUAUAAAAAGCUGUCUUCCUACCGUCUCAUUCAGAUCGAUUUGACCCCAUAUCACAUCCUCACAAAAAUGCAUCUCCCCUCUGUCGUCGCCGUCGCUUGCGCUUUGGUAGCAUUAGUAUCUGCCAGUCCUGCUAACAUUGAUAGCAGCGGAGAGUGUCCUAUAGUGUGCGCGUUUCAAGAUUGCUGCCCUGAGGAUGAAUCCCAUCUGGGCGUGUCUGGACAGAUGAAUGCCAUGUCAACUACGGUGAGUCGUAUUUCUACUUCGAUCAGCAUCGGUGCAGAUGAUGGCUGAUGGCACAACAUAAGAAACACUACUAGUUUGAUCAAUGUUUUGCUUCUGAACAAAAUUGACAGUUUUGUAGUCUCGUUGUACGCUUGAACAUAAAAGCCUCAGUGGCACCAUGACUCCUCCCCUCAUAGG